CGCGAUACCAUUCGGCACGGGAUAAAAUUGCACCGACAUGCGCUGGAGGGGAACGAUGAAAAUUUGAGGUAGCGGGCUGACGGUCGGUUUACCGUCGCAACAAAAUCGUCGGGUGUUGUGCACGAGAAUCGCGGGAGAGCUCGUCCCUCGCGCUGCUUUCCGGCCGCGAUAAAUUAUUCCCAGGGAGGUUAUACGAUGCAAAGUGAAUGCACGUAAUCUUUCGAAAUUCCGUAAGUUUGUAAGGAACGCCAACGGCGCGGUGGCGGCAACGGCAACGGCGUCGACGACGACGACGGCGACGGCGAUCACGGCGCGGCGGCUGCUGCCAAAGGAAAUUGCCCUUUCUCGGACCGGCGAGCUUCCCACCCCUGAAAAAUUCAAAACCUCGAAACCCGGAAAACUUGCUCCGACCGAUGCUCGAUUCACCUGUACCCGGUCGCAGCCACAGCAGCAGACCGCCUUAUUGAAAGUCUUUUGACGGUCCGCCGCCGUCGCGGCGACUAAUCCUCGUCGCUUAGGGCCACGAACCUUCCAGGCUGCCUGCGAUCAGCCUCGAUUCAGCCCCAAAAUGAAGCGUGGUAGCAAGUGCAUCGCUCAAACCAUCAACCUAUCGAAUCCCGAGACCUGCGUGCGGCCGCGGAAAAUCCAGAAGCUGGUCGGCGCGGACAGCGUGCAUCAGCCUUGCCCUCCGCCGUCAGGAUCCUCGGCCUUUUGGACCCCUAGGCCCGUGCCCGUCAGGGUCUGCAGCAGGAAGGAUAUGCAGAGGACCUGUCCUCCGAAGCUCUGCGACUGUCCCCCGAAACCACCGCCGAAGACACUCGGACAAAAGCUUUGCGGAACAUUGCUGUUUCUGCUGAAGAGCAGCGUCGCGGCCGGUCUCGUUUACUGGACCCACGCCGAGGGAUUAUGGGGAUCCAGCGAGGAAGUGGAGGAUCUCUAUCACCGGAUAUUAGCCACCGUAGCACCGACCGUCACCGACGAGCAAGUUUGCGCCGAAGACGUCCAGACCCGAGUAGAGCUCUUCAAACAGAACCUGGUCCAAAAUUACAAUCGAGCAGUGUUCUCGACGAUGAGGUGUGUCGCGGCCGCUUCGUCCGUGCUGCGAGAACAACUUCAAAGGGUUCUGCCCAAACAGGAGGAGAAUCCCGAAGAGGCGUCGUCGGACGACAGCUAGCCCCUUUCCACCGGGCUCAUGGACGAAGGGCUUCGAAAACGUAUCGCGUGUCGUUUGUUGGCCCCUUUUAUGGAAUCCGCUUAACCCGUCUCCGUGAUUUUGUAAAUGCCGAUGUGCUACUGUAAAGUGUCGAUGUCCUGAAAGGGCUCGUUCUUUGGUGAGAAAUUAUAAGGGAAGAGAAUUACUACAAGUAGACCGCGGAUUUUAUAUCUACUUACGAGAUAAAAUACGUAUAACGUAAUGCAAAACUGUGAAAACGUUCGAAAAGUUUGAAAAAAUACUAUUAAAUUAAAUUAUUGUUAAA